AUCUUACAUCUUGAGAUUGGUCAACUUCCUGUGCUGCAUCUCACACAUCUCAGAGUGUGACAGGAGUAUAAGGGUGUCAGCAUGCUGUGGUGACAGACGCACACACACACACACACUCAUCUUCCACUGGAUUUUCACCCUCUUUUUGAUCAUCCAACAGGUCAUUAUGUCCACCAACGCCUCCGACGCCUGUUACAGCAACAUCACCGGACACGCUGACAUCUUCCUUGUGUGCAUGCACUCCUUUAUUUUCAUUGUGGGUCUCCUUUUUAAUGUCCUGUCAUUGGUCGUUUUCUGCUGUCAAACCAAAUCCAGAUCGCAAACCAUUGUCUACAUGACUAACCUGGCCUUAGCAGAUGUGCUGCUCAUCCUCACACUGCCCAUGAGGAUCUACUACUAUCUGGGCUAUCAUGGCCUUCCUCAGCGGCUGUGUGAAGUCCUUGGUUUGGUCCUGAAGGCCAACAUGUAUGGGAGCAUCUUCCUUCUCACGUGCAUGUGCUUUGACCGUUGCAUGGCCGUCUCCUUCCCUAUGUCAUCUCGUGUCCAGGCAGGGAGAAAGAAAGCACCGCUGGUUUGUCUUGUAAUAUGGAUGCUCACCUUCGGGGCCAGCUUGCCCAUCUACCUUAAACCAAAAACUGCGAACCAUAAGGAGUAUUGUUUUGAUAGUUUUCCGGUCUUUGCCACAAACCCAGUGGUGGUUGUACCCACUCUGUUUGUGGGGUUUGGGAUCCCGCUAGUAAUCAUGCUGAUCUGUUCCUGGGGUUUGGUCCGUGCUGUCCGACGAAGCUCAGUGGCCCAGACCAACCUGGUGGACAGCAAAAAGAUCCACAGGAUGAUUGCCACCAGCCUCCUCAUUUUCCUACUCAGCUUCCUCCCUUACCACGCCAUGCUGGCUCUCCUCUCUUUGUAUAGAGAAAAUACAACAUGCCCCAUGCAGGAUGCAUAUCGCUACAGCCUAAUGUUGUCAUGUCUCAACUCAGUACUAGAUCCCAUUGCGUACUACUUCACUACGGACACCUUCAGGAGGAAAAUGGACAUAGGUGCUGUUCGGAGUAUGUUUCCUUUGAAUAGUCAAAGUUCUGAUGUGAACAACAGGAGCAGAAUGCUUAACAGCUAAAAGACUGCUGGAGAGCCACCCAAAAGACACUGCCAUCCAACAAACUCCAAGGCCAACUGUCAACAACACAACUUGUUUUUUUUUACUUUAUGAAUGCGUACGUUUGGAGUGAGAUCAUGUUGGCUUAGUUCCACUUUUUAACAUUAAGUUGGCAGAUUUCAUGUUUCCAGUGACCAUAUUCCACCUGCGAUCUUCUGUAGUUUGUAGGGUUCAGUUUAAGGUAUACUGUUUGACCCAGACAGCGAUUAAAUCUGUAACUCUCCCUCAAAAGAACCAUUCCAUUCUUCACCCCAGUCCAUGUCGGUGCCACCACACAAAAAGGGCUGCCCUCUGGAGUGUCCACAAGCCAAAACACUGAUUUACAAGCCCAACAACUAUGUACUUUUAUAUAUUCAUUUUAUUUGUUUUUGUACAAUUAUACAUGUAUUUUCUAUAGUAAUGUAGAUGCAUUUUUCAAGUCCAUCUGGAAAAGUGUUAAGCCAAUAAAUGAUAUGUAGCAGUGAGUGUUUUCUUUCUUUCCCUACAGAGAAACAACAGAUACAUUUUAUAUUAUACAGUUAACAAUUUAAAGAUUAUAGUUGCCGCUAUAUGAUUAAUUAAAGGAUACACUAUUUGUUUUGCAAAGUGUAACACGGAAACUCAA